GUAUGUCUAACGCGGCUUCACACUGUCUUCUCUUUCUUGAUCCUUCCAUCCGAACCUCAACCGUCUCAAGAUGGCACCAAAGAAGGCAAAGAGGAGGGCAGCAGCAGGAGAGGGUGGCUCCUCCAAUGUGUUCUCCAUGUUUGAGCAGAGCCAGAUUCAGGAGUACAAGGAGGCUUUCACAAUCAUUGACCAGAACAGAGACGGUAUCAUCAGCAAAGAUGACUUGAGGGACGUGCUGGCAUCAAUGGGCCAGUUGAACGUGAAGAAUGAGGAGCUGGACGCCAUGAUCAAGGAGGCCAGCGGACCCAUCAACUUCACCGUCUUCCUCACCAUGUUCGGCGAGAAGCUGAAGGGUGCUGAUCCCGAGGACGUUAUUCUUAGCGCCUUCAAGGUCCUGGACCCCGAGGCCACCGGUUCCAUCAAGAAGGAAUUCCUCGAGGAGCUUCUGACCACUCAGUGUGACAGGUUCACCCCUGAGGAGAUCAAGAACAUGUGGGCCGCCUUCCCCCCAGAUGUCGCCGGCAACGUAGACUACAAGAACAUCUGCUACGUCAUCACACACGGAGAGGAGAAGGAGGAGUAAAGAGAAAGAAGAAGACAAAGAAAGACAUCAAAUCCCUUUUGCUAUUCUGUCUUCCCCCUUUGCCCCCUCCCCUCCUUCCACUAUGCUCAACCCUCCUGUGUAAACCCCCCCACGCGCCCCCCCCUUCUCCCCCCUCCUCCGUGUGCUCGGCCUCACGUUCGAACCAGAGACUGUGUCAUAAUGACACGCGCGCGAGGCCCGAUGCUCUAUGUUUGCUUAUGGGGAAUAUAUAGCGAUGGUUUUUCAAUAAAAAUCCUGUAACAUCAUCUCUAUCCACAAACUUUUCUCAUAGCACCUCUCUCCCGCUCUCUCUUUCUUCUUCUUCUUUUAUCUU